AUGAAGAUGGCUGAAGCCACAGAGGAUCCAGGUGGGGAGGAAGCAUUGAGGGGGACACCUGGGAGACAGAGAGAGCACUCUCCCAUGUUGCACCUGGACCUUUAUAACUUUGAGUGCCCAGAAGCAGAGGGAAGUCGUUAUGUGUUGACCAGUCCCCGUUCUCUGGAGGCCUGUGCUCGGUGUAUGGUGAAACCAGUAGAACUAUUAUCGAGAAGUCUUUCUGAUUUGGUCAGAGAAGCUCCAGGACGAUCUAUGCGGGUAGCUACUGGUCUUUGUGAGGUUUAUGAGAUAGAAAGACAGAGAAAGCUGAAAAUGUGCAGGGAAGAGAGGGAACGAAUAAUCCGCCAAGAAAAGAGGAGAAUUCUGCCUUUGGUACUGAGCAGCAGCCUAGGUUCCCCAUCAAGUUCAAAAGCACCCUCUCGAGCUGAACUUUCUGCACCUGUUGUGCCUAAGAGAUAUGACUCUCCUCCCUAUACAGGUACACAGAGGAGCAAUACACCGCUCUCUGAUUCUGAAAGAUCUAAAUCUCUUCCUUCUAAAGGCACCCAAAGAUCCAAGCCACCUCCUUCCAAAAAGCAGCAAGUUCCAGUAUCCAAGACUAAAAAAUGCAGUACCACCCAGUCAAAAGAAUAUCAUGGCAGUGGUGAUUCAGUCACUAGGGUGCCCACAAGAAAGAGUAAAAGUCAGUCUCUGGACUCUCUUCAGAAGAUGAGAGAUGGUUCCUCAGGUAGGACUUCUUCAGAGUCUAUAACCUCAUCCUAUAGCGGCGACAGCUUCAGAGGCAGAAACACUCAGUUCAUACCAAAAUCCAGAACACUUGAUGCAGUAAAUUCUCUUUUAGGCAGAAGCUUCAGUCUGGGAGAUCUUAGUCACUCACCACAUACAACAAAAAAGGUUGAGAAGAUGGUCAAAGAGGUGAAGAAGAAAGGUAUCCAAGAAUUGCCUCAGCGAGACAAAAAAAUUGCAGCAAUCAUGAUUGCCAGACAUGAAGAGGAAAACAUUAGAAAUGAGCAGCGCUACUGGGCACACCUACAGUGGGAAACCCAGAGAAAGACAUCAGACCUGCGAAAGGAGCAGGAGGAGAAAGAGAGACAAAAAGCUAUACUACAAGGGCAAAAGAUACUGGAGUCUCAAAUGAAGAGUAGACGUGGCAAAAUCUUCAUGGAGGAGCUUAAUUCGGCAGCCAUAAACCAAAGUAAGAGUUUGCUCCAUGAAGCACACCUAAGGGAGCAAGGUUCAGGGUUAGAAAAGCACAACAAAGUAGAGUCAGAUAAAAGUAAGAAGGAAGGACAGCAAAAGAAGGCCCACCAGGAGCAAAGCACAAAAUCCAAAAAUCUCUCUGAUGAAUUAUCUCAAGAUAAGUUACUUGUUGCUCAGCAGAAGAAACAAGAGAAAGCAACUCAGCAGCAGGUUAAUAAAAUACUGCAAAACAAAAUGGAGAAAAUUAAGCACCAGGUACUUCUUCAAGAAAUAGUCCAAAAAGAGGAAUCAGAUAAUGAUGAACUUAGAAAGUCACUUGAGAAAAACCUCCAAAAAGCACAAGAAAAGGUAGAGCUAUUACACGAGAAAAAAAAUCAAGAACUGAAGAGCAGGGCACAAAGGGAGGAAAUGCAAAUCCAAAAAGCAAGACAGGCAGCAGAACGUAAGAAAAGGAGCGUGCACAGCAUUUAAAAGAACUAGCAAGGACUGCUGAAAAGAGACUACAGCACGCAUCCCAGAUAGCUGAUGAAGUUGUACAGCACAAAGCAAGGAAAGCUAUUGAAAGCCGACUGGAAAAGGAGAAAAUCCAGAGGGAGAACCGACAAAGGGUGCUGAAAAAUGAAGAUAUGAAGAGACAGGAGUUGCUGAUGUCCAUAGAAAAGAAGUUAGAGCGCAGUGAACAAAUAUUCAAGGAGAAGCAGACUGUGUUAGACAAUGCACGGUCAGUGGCCAGAGCUUCCUUUAAUAUCAGGGAGAAAGUGAGAGCUGAGACAAACAUACGCACCUUUGACAAAAUGGCUCUGGAAGCUGAAAUGUAUGCAAAUAUUGACAAAAAAUAA